CGGAGUAGAGUAAGCAACCAAUUUCCGAACGACACCAGUUUUCGUGUGCCCGUUUGAAGAGACAGUAAGAGCUAUCUUCUAGUUUUUUGCAUGCACUAAUAGACAAUGAUCAGAUCUCGUGCCUACCACAAUUAGAAGUAAUCCGGUUACUUUACUCUUGCACAGCAGCAGCUCAAAGUCGGUGGUUCGAACAUUCAAUAAGCGACGUUUGCAACCUAUUGGCGACUAUAGACUCUUGCGAUAGUUUCAAAGCUAUGCUACGACUUCUAGAACGACAGAGAGACUUCUGGUACCUGCCAGGCCUCGUAAGGACUAGUAUAGUGCUGAGUCAGCAUGCCUGCACAUGAGAUCCAGCCACGUGCUCACAGGAAGAAGAAGCUCACCUUCACUGCACUUGAGAUGCUUGAGAAUGGAAACUAAUAGCCUAAAUAGGUUCUGUUUACCUGGCCUCGGAAAGAGAUGUUCCCCUCUCCGCGAUAGAGUGUUUUCGUUUGAUUCUGAUCCCAUGCGUACGCCUCAGUAUAAGAAAGUACGAGCAUGCAGGCCGGAAAAAUAUCGCCCCUGGAGCAAGCGAAGCAUGGAACGAGCUCUCGAUGCGGUUAUUCACAAAGGGGUUGCUGUCUCCAGAGCUGCCGCUGACUAUGGUAUACCAAAGACAACUCUAUAUGACAAUGCCACAGGAAGAGUUUUGCCAGGGAGCAGGAGUGGACCAAAGACAUAUUUCACGGUCGAAGAAGAGGCUCUGUUAGUGUGUUUCCUCAUCAAGUCAGCCGAAAUUGGGUAUCCUUUCACCAGAUUACAGGUUUUGUCUCUAGUUGAAACAAUGUUGAUCCGAAAAAACAAAGAAAAGACUGGUGCCUCUUCUGUUACGCAUGGUUGGUGGGCUAGAUUUUGUAAGCGACAUCCUGAAGUCUCUUUAAAGACAUCCUCUUGUCUGUCAGUGGCUAGAGUCAAGGCAUCUUCCGCUGAGACACUCUCCGAAUAUUUUUGUACUUUUGGUGGUGCUACAAACAAGGCCCUCAGAAAUAAGACAGGUUCUUCCCGCGGCAGAGUGAAACGUGGUGGUGGUAGUGGUGUGAACACAAGAGCUCGUGUGACAAACCCACCGGACCUAAACACUAGGGAUGGUCAUGAGGCCUACACAGUUUCCUCCCCAGCUGAUUCAGCAAGCACGGAUGUUGAAGGGGAUAAGGGUGGUGCUACAAACAAGGCCCUCAGGAAUAAGGCAGGUUCUUUCUGCGGCAGAGCGAAACGUGGACGUGGUAGUGGUGCGACCACAAGAGCUCGUGUGACAAACCCAUCGGACCUAAACACUAGGGAUGGUCUUGAGGCCUACACAGUUUCCUUCCCAGCUGAUUUAGCAAGCAUGGAUGUUGAACAGAAUAAAGGUGGUGCUACAAACAAGGCCCUCAGGAAUAAGACAGGUUCUUCCCGCGGCAAAGCGAAACGUGGACGUGGACGUAGUAGUGGUGUAAACACAAGAGCUCGUGUGACAAACCCACCCGACCUAAACACUAGGGAUGGUCUUGAGGCCUACACAGUUUCCUCCCCAGCUGAUUCAGCAAGUUCAGCAAGCACGGAUGUUGAAGACGAUAAGGGUGGUGCUACAAACAAGGCCCUCAGGAAUAAGACAGGUUCUUCCCGCGGCAGAGCAAAACGUAGACGUGGACGUAGUAGUGGUGCGACCACAAGAGCUCGUGUGACAAACCCACCGGACCUAAACACUAGGGAUGGUCUUGAGGCCUACACAGUUUCCUCCCCAGCUGAUUCAGCAAGCAUGGAUGUUGAACAGAAUAAAGGUGGUGUUACAAACAAGGCCCUCAGGAAUAAGACAGGUUCUUCCCGCGGCAGAGCGAAGCGUGGACGUGGACGUGGUGGUAGUAGUGGUGCGACCACAAGAGCUCGUGUGACAAACCCACCGGACCUAAACACUAGGGAUGGUCAUGAGGCCUACACAGUUUCCUCCCCAGGUCAGUUGAAAUGUAUGUAUGUGUGGUUGUGUGCUUGUGUGCUUACUACACCACAGCUGAUUCAGCAAGUUCAGCAAGCACGGAUGUUGAAGAGGAUAAAGGUGUUACAAACAAGGUCUUCAGGAAUAAGACAGGUUCUUCCCGCGGCAGAACAAAACGUGGAUGUGGAAAAUUAUAAAGCGAUAGGCCAUGUCGUCUAGUCUAUGGAUGAAAUUUCCUGCCCAAAGACGUCUCCUGCUUUGUCUCUCCACAAUAUCAGCUCUAGUUGUUGCAGAGGCGUCUCUAAUGUCCAACACGAGUGUAGCGUGUCCUGGUGAGGCUGUUUUGUUCACAUGCUCUUCGCCUGGUACAUUGAUAUGGCAAGUGGAUCUACGAUCACCAGCAGGGACGUCACUGCAAAGUUUCUUCCUUCCC